AUGGCUACUCAGAGGAAGCACUUGGUGAAAGAUUUCAAUCCUCAUAUCACCUGCUAUAUCUGCAAAGGCUAUCUCAUCAAGCCAACCACAGUAACCGAGUGCCUCCAUACCUUUUGUAAGACUUGUAUUGUUCAACACUUUGAAGACAGCAAUGACUGUCCCAGGUGUGGCAACCAAGUGCAUGAGACCAAUCCACUAGAAAUGUUAAGGCUGGAUAACACCUUAGAGGAAAUUAUAUUUAAGCUGGUGCCUGGACUUCGAGAACAGGAACUGCAGCGAGAGAUUGAAUUUUGGAAGAAAAACAAACCUCAAGAAAAUGGACAAGAUGAAAGCCCAAAAGCUGAUAAACCCAAAGUAGAUGAGGAGUGUGAUGAAAAUGAAGAAGAUAAAGACUAUCACAGGAGUGACCCACAGAUUGCUAUUUGCCUCGACUGCUUACGCAACAAUGGGCAGUCAGGAGAUAAUGUAGUCAAAGGUUUAAUGAAGAAAUUUAUCCGCUGUUCUACUCGAGUGACCGUGGGAACUAUCAAAAAGUUUCUCAGCUUAAAAUUAAAACUUCCAAGUUCUUAUGAGCUGGAUGUACUAUGCAAUGGAGAAAUCAUGGGGAAGGAUCAUACUAUGGAAUUCAUCUAUAUGACGAGAUGGAGACUAAGAGGCGAAAACAUUUGUUGUCUAUCACUACCAUUGGAGGCUAUAUUGGAGUGCAGCAAAG